AUGCCUUGUCCUUAUGCUCAAUUAAUCGUCGAUGAUACAAAACACAUUAACGACAGCAGUGACAGUGAUACUAGCAUUGUGGAUGAGGUACUGAUCACAAAAACAGCGGUGAAUGGUACUGGCAAUCACCAUCAAUCGAUCAAUGAACCAUUAAAUUACGCGACAUACUUGCGUACAGAUUUAUUGCUGUCUGCAUUGAAGUGUCUCAGUCAUACGGAUCCUUUGGAUAACAACAGUCCACCUGUUCAUGAUGAACAUUUUUUCAUCUUGAUUCAUCAAGUUUUUGAACUAUGGUUCAAACAAAUUUUGUUUGAAAUCGAUUCGAUCCGACACAUCUUCACCAAGAGUGAUAAUGUUAUACCGUCUCUAUUCAACAUUAACUUACGAUUAAAACGAUCAGUUAAAAUUUUGAAUAUAUUAGUCGAUCAAUUUGAAUUGCUAGACUCGAUGACACCCAUAGAAUUUCUCGAAUUUCGUGGUUAUCUCAGUGCAGGCAGUGGAUUUCAAAGUCUCCAGUUUCGUAUUAUUGAAAUGAAACUCGGUUUGACCGACCGAUUCCGAAGUUCCUUCAAAACAAAAUAUUUCACUGGAACAAUGUUUAAAGGUGAACAAAAUGUCGAGUUAGAACAAGCUAUAAACGAAGAAUCAUUAUUGAUUCAAAUCGAGAGAUGGUUGGAAACCAUUUAUGAUAAUACAUCGUUCGAUUUUCUUACCGUAUUCACAUCGUCUGUAGAACAUUUUAUCGAGCACGGAAAGAAGCAGAAAAUCAUGAAUGGUAUUGCUGUCGAAACCGCUGAAAGAGAUGUAGAGACAUCGAAACGACUAUUUGCAAGUAUGAUCGAUUCAAGUGAAUAUCAAAAACUACUGAAUAACAAUGAACGUCGAAUUAGUCAUAAGGCGAUGUUAACCGCACUAAUGAUUUCACUCUACCAUCAACAACCUUGCUUUCAACAGGCUUAUCAAAUGCUCGGCUUACUCAUGGAUGUCGAUGCUCUGAUGGCGAGCUGGCGUUAUAAACAUAUGCUUUUGGUUCAACGUCAAAUUGGUCGUAAACCAGGCACAGGAGGCACUGGUGGUUUCUCUUAUUUGCAGCAAACUAUCACGUAA